GUUUACUGUAGUAAAGUAGGUGUUCUGGGCAUUCUGUGGUGUAAUUUUCUAUUCUAGUACACUGUAAUCUGAGGAACAAUGAGGCACUCCAGGCUCUGGAAACAACCAAGCAACUCUUCAGGUUCGUGGCAUGGCGUGUGGCAAGCUAAGCGAGGCGUUCGAGAGAGCCGUCAGGCUGAAUGAAUCGCCGCUGAAAGACAACGCUAACAAGUUUUGGACACCUCAGAAGAGCAGGGGAGAUCCGUUACCCGCUCGUGGUUGCUGGUCAUCUGCUCGGCGGCGCCCCUCGUUUCUACGUGACAGUUCGGACAGCGAAGAUGAAAUUAAGACGUCAUUGAAAAGAAAGCCACCUGCCUCACGACUUCUGACGCCAUGCACCGCUGUGAAGACACCAUCUGCCGAGGACAGGGAUGCCUGGUUUCUUGAGUCACUCUCCGACAGCACACCUCCGGAGAAAUGCCGCCCAGAUGCGCUCAGGUUCAGGCAACAUUUCCCUAGUUCCCGGGAAGAGCUUGCUAGCAUCCUCUUUUCAAUUUUCAACAGGGAGGUCUUCGCUUGCAAGCUCCCUCCGGGAGAAAUUUCCUGGAACAGCAGAUUAAUAUCUACAGCAGGCCGGUGUUUCAACUUGCCCAACCACAAGUAUCGUGUGGAGCUCUCAUUGAAGAUUCUUCGCAAUGCUGAGCAAACAAGGGACACCGUAUUGCACGAACUGUGCCACGCAGCAGUCUGGUGCCUGCACAACUGCAAGCGAGGCGGCCAUGGUGAACUGUGGCACUUCUGGGUGGAUCGCGCCGCUCGAAGGUUCCCGAAACUUCCCCCCGCCCAAAGGUGUCAUGACUACAAGCAUCCGCAAGCAAGGAAACUUACCUUCAACCUGUGACCAUGAUGCCAGUAGUUCUUUUUUUUCGCCAUAUAAUAGGUAUAAUUAUUGAAAAGAAGCUGUUCUCGUAUGAGCUUGAGCAUGCAUUCGAGCUUUUUCAUGAUGCACGUUGCUGUCACAGGGAGUUCCCUUUGCUAUCAGUGGUCGGAUGCUGUUUUGGUGCCCUUUCAAAAUGACAUCCCAGCAAGAAUGAUACCCCAUCGACUUGGCUGCCCUCUGUAGAUGCUCAGAUUUUCCAGUGCACCUGCCAGACUUCCUGAAGGAUGACUCUGCUGCUUUAUGCUAUGCUGCGAUUUAUUUCCGAAUUAAUUUGUGUAACUGGGCAGUGCAUACAAAUUUGUGGCUUUGGUAUUGCAAGUUUUUUAGAGUUGAAAAGAUUUUACCAUUUGAAGGUAUCGGACAAAUAUGCUACUUGAAAUGGAAUGAGCAGAAAUGCUGAAAGUGUCACCUGAAGAGUAGUAGAUGACAGGCUCAAGUAUUCGCUUUGAUCAUCACACACACUGCUCACUGUAUUGCAACACAUCAUACUUGGGGCUGUAACGAGGAUAAGAGUGCAGUUUCAUUGUGGAAUGGAAAUAUAGAAACAUAGGUUUAUUUCUUUCAUACCGAUGUUUAUAUGCCGCUUCUCAGCACAUCUGUUUGUUGCCAAUGAUAUUGUUGUAGAGCAGAAGCUGUGUGUGACAUACAGAUGCAACAAAUAUUUCUCGAAAAUUCUCACUGCAACAAAUAUAUGAGCAUAAUUUCUUUGAUAAAGCAAAUGUCUCUGUGCCCUUA